AUGGCUUACACUGUCUAUCAUUACUAUCAGAUUUCUAAACAACAUGAUAUUAUGCUGUCGUCGCAUCUAGAGAUGUUGCACCAGUUGAAGAGUCAAGUCCACUCACACGGAGAGGAAUUCCAACUGGUAUCCAACAUGGUUGAUAAAACUAAGAGACUGAUUGCUCAGUUUGAUAUACUUAAGAAACGUGUGGUGCCAAAGCUCAAUACAACAACACCGGAAUCGGACACUCGUUCGUCAGAAUCCAUGUCGACGUCAAACAGUCGAAAGGAGCUAAAAAAAGAGCAACUCAAACGUCAUGCCGACCACAUGUAUGACCCGGAAGAAGACGGAGGGGCAGCAUCAGCAGCAGCGGGAAUCCAAGACCCCCUGACUGCAAGGUUCCUAGCUGUCCACUCUAGCAAACGAAAACGUAUCGACGAAUUUAUUCCUGGAGCUGAUGAAGACAUAAGGCGUUCCUCACCUCUAUCAGUGGAGACCGAGGAUAUCUCAGAGGAGGUACAGCGAAGACUGAAGAUCAAGGAGGAACAACGCAAAAGACGGGAGACCUCGAAAGUGGACAAACGCAAGAGGGACAGUUUGACAUCUAACGGAAGCACAUCUUCGGCCAGAACCGGGACGAAACACACUAGGAAGAAGGCUAGAAUUGGGACGAAGUGGAAUCGUUAG